GGGUUAAUUUGUUUUUUGGCUAAUUUAUAGACGUCUGUACGCUACAGCUUUUAUAGUAAUAAAAACAAUUAAAGUCAUGAGAUACUGAUAAACCUCGUCAGUAUCGGUGAGAUUACAUUCAGUGACAAGACCAAAAUUCGUCUGUGACUGUGCAUAAAAACCAGGGGUAAACUCGCCACCUAAAACUACUGAGUUGGCGUAAUUCCAAUGAUUAUGCAGCAGUAAUUCUGUUAUGUUUAUGUCAUAUCUGUUUAAAGAGAUAAUUUCAUCUGCGAUGUAACUUUAUUAACCACAGAACUUACAGAAACUACAAGAAAGGUACCGUGUUAAUAACCACCUGGAAAUGAUUUUCCUAGCGUGCCAUAAAACAUGGGAGGGUCGUACAUAGAGUUCUUGUUGUCCCAACAGCUGACGUGACUUAGUAUGAUGAAUCAUUAACAUUGGAGACAAUCUUCAUGCAGAUGCGAGUUGAUCGGUUCAAAUAUCAUUUUUGAAGGAAUCAGAGUUUGUAAGACACCGAACACAGGAGUUAUUCAACAUGGCCAUGGGUGAAUGGGAUCGUUUUCAUUAUGGCUAUGUUACAAUCAGCGUUGUGGCAAUCCUCCUAAAUACUACUGUCAUUUAUCUUUUUCUUACAAAAAAGUAUCUCCGAAAUAUGCACUCGAAUACCUUUUUGUUUAGUUUGGCAAUAUCAGAUUUUUGUUAUGCUUCAGUGGCAAUACCGUUGUUGAUAAGAUGUGAGCAAUUCUUUAAAUAUUCAGUUUGCUACGCUUAUGAAUAUAUUAUGGUAUUCUUCGGAUAUUCUACCGUCUACCAUAUACUGCUUGCAAUCACCGAGAAAUUGUGUGCAAUCUGUUUCCCGUUGAAACAUCACUCCAUGUUCUGUAAAUCAAUCGCAAUCAAGUCGAGCCUCUCCGUGUGGUUGUUUUCAAUUGCUCUUAGUCAUAUCCCUAUAUGGUGGGAUUACAUAUUUCCGGGUAGCCCAAAAGAAAACAUGCAACGUGAUGAAAUCUUUUACAAGUUUCAUUUUGCAACUGGAUUUGCCUUGCCAAUGCUGAUGUCAAUCAUGAUGUAUUCCAUAAUACUUCAUAAAAUAUUUAAAGUUGCUAAUGCCAGAUUAUCUGAAGAUACCCAAAGCAGUAAAUUGCGACUGCACGUCGAGAAAAAAGCAGCCUGUACGUUUGCUAUUAUGCUUGGUGCUUUUCUUUUCUCUUGGAUAACGUGGUUUAUAGCGCGUAUUUACGAUCCUAUCUUGAAUAAUGUUGAUAUAGCACAUUUCUUCACAAUAAGUAGGUUUUUGGAUCCGAUUUUUAAUCCAAUCUUGUACACGUUUCUCAAGAAUGAUUUCCGACGGGCAUUUCUCAGUCUUUGGAGAAGUAAAAAACAGAAUAACGAGCUACUGCAGAUGCGUUUGACUCGACAUCAUUGCCAAGGAACAGGAACAGCCUACACUCAUGAAGAUUUGAUCACAGCUUCACCUCGUUCUCUUAAGCGGAAACCGUUUACAAGAUGAACUGAACUAUGAUAAUAAGUGCACUUGCCAAAACGUCAAAUAUGUAAUAAUAUCGCAAUUAGUAAUAUAGUAAUCACUUGUCUAUAGACCGUCCUAUAAAACACCAUAUUCUAUAUUAAUAAACCGUCUUUGCCACCUUAAAUAAAAUGGAUUUUCAGUCAUUCCCUAGGAUGAGGCAAGAAGAAUGAAACCAUGUUCUUUAAAACAUAAGAAAAUUUUCAUAAAAAUAAAAUU